GGUACUUACAUACAUCAUCCAUUUUAGGAGGCGUUACUCAGUAUCACCAGAUUAUUCUAGCUACAAAGGCAAACAUAAACAUGGUAAAGCACGCAGCGCACACCGAGACACUUCUGGAUACAGCUGCUAUUCGUCCCGUUCAAGAUCACAUGACAAUCGCGGUCCCCAAAUCGAGGAGGAAGAGGAGGAUCGUGCCGAUUAUCGCAAAGGCGGGUAUCAUCCGGUCCAAGUGGGAGAGCGCUACAAAGAUGGGCGGUAUGUGGUCGUGAGGAAACUAGGCUGGGGUCAUUUUUCGACUGUCUGGCUUGUGCGCGAUCAAAGGUAUAAACAAUAAAUCCAUUCUUUGACGUCAUACUGGACACACGGAAGCAUUGACGUCUCUUAGUACCGGAAAACACUUUGCUAUGAAAGUCGUGAAAUCAGCCAAGCACUAUACCGAGACCGCAUUGGAUGAAAUCAAGUUGCUUGAACGCGUCGCUGAAUCAGAUCCUAAAGCUGUCGGCGCCGAAUACGUCACAGCCAUCGUCGACCACUUUUAUGUCCAUGGUCCCAAUGGAUCUCACGUCUGCAUGACUUUUGAGGUACUAGGCGAGAAUCUGCUUUCUCUCAUUAAACGGUACAAACACCGAGGCAUCCCUGUACAUCUUGUGAAACAAAUCGCGAAGCAGAUGUUGCUUGGCCUGGAUUACCUUCAUCGUACUUGCGGCAUUAUUCACACCGACCUGAAACCGGAGAAUGUACUGAUGUGUGUCGACAAUGUCGAAGAACUGUUACGGAAAUCUACCAGCAUCACCAUAGAGACGGACAUUACCAAGGAUCGUUCGGACGAUGAAAGCAGAGUAUUGCAAGAAGAUGAUGAUCGUGGUCGAAGUACGGUACGGAAGCAACGAGGCACGCACGUAAAAAUGCUGCCAUCACAACCUUUGUCGUCCGAUCUGCAAAAUCGCUCCGAUGAAAAACGAGGUCGUCCAGAGAAAUCAGCAAGAUCACGCUCCAGAUCACCUGCUCGCUCACGAUACGGAACUUACCACAGACAUGAAGCGAUGGAAGAUCCAGAUGAAUAUGGACAGGACGAUAUCAAAAUCAAGAUUGCUGAUUUAGGCAAUGCUUGCUGGGUCAACCAUCAUUUUACCGAGGAUAUUCAAACACGCCAAUAUCGAUCUCCAGAAGUAAUUCUUGGUGCAAAGUGGGACGCUGGAGCAGAUAUCUGGAGUUUGGCAUGCAUGAUUUUUGAACUUUUGACGGGCAACUUCUUGUUUGAUCCCCAGAAAGGAUCGCGAUUCAACCGCGAUGAUGAUCAUUUGGCCCAAAUCAUCGAGUUAGUGGGCCCGAUGGACCGAGAUUUUGCCCUUUCAGGAAAAAUGUCUCACGAAUUUUUCAAUCGAAAAGGGCAUCUCCGCCACAUCAAUAGACUAAAAUACUGGAGCCUACGCGACGUAUUGCUUGAAAAAUACGGGUUCCAUCGACAUGAAGCGGAUGAAAUUGCGAGUUUCCUUGAACCCAUGUUGGCGUAUGACCAUCGAGCUCAGGCCAACGAUUUAUUAGAUCAUCCUUGGUUGAACGAAGUAGACCCCAUUUUACCCGGUGAAAAGGAAGAACGCGCAACAUGGACAAGUGAUCGUCCAUGGAAGGAUUGGGAACGAAAACAGAAGCGAAGAAGAUACCAAUAAAACCUACUUUUUUUUCCCAAUCGAAAAGAGUACCUUGUUAUCAUGGAUAGGCUAAGGAAAAGCAAAGAAUAGAUUGUGAU